AUGUCUUCUUCUACUUUGUUUUCUCUUACACUUUGCUUUCUUGUUCUCUUCAAUUGUUGCUUUGCUCAGAUAGAGCAAGUGACCUCGCGACAUGACCAGCAACAAGCGCGACGACGCAGCUUUCAACAAAGCGAAUGCCAACUGCAGAGGAUCAAUGCCCUCGAGCCUGCUCGGAGGAUUAAAUCAGAGGCUGGUGUCACUGAAAUUUGGGACGAAAAUGAUGAGCAGUUUCAAUGUGCUGGUGUUGCAGUUAUCCGCCAUACCAUUCAGCAGCGAGGCCUCUUGUUGCCUGCAUACUCUAAUGCCCCUAAGCUUGUCUAUGUAGAGCAAGGAAGGGGAAUUCAGGGAGCUGUUUUCCCAGGCUGUCCAGAGACAUUCCAAUCAUCAGGGCAGUUUUCUCGAGAUCAAAGUCAAAGCUCCGAAGACCAGCACCAGAAGGUUCGACAAGUAAGAGAGGGUGAUGUAGUUGCCUUGCCUUCGGGAGUUGCUGAUUGGUUUUAUAACGAUGGUGAUUCACCUCUCGUUCUUGUUCAACUUCUCGACACAAGCAAUCCUGCCAACCAGCUUGAUCAGGAUUUCAGGAAUUUUUUCCUUGCUGGCAACCCACAACGAGAAUUGCAAAGCCAAAGAAGCUCAUACCAGAGAGACCAGUUUGAAGGUCAACGUGGACGCCAAGACGAAGGUGAAAGUCGGAGACACCAGCAAGACAGACACCGCAAUGUCUUCGGCGGCUUCGAUGAGAAAAUCUUGGCAGAAGCUUUCAACAUUGACACCAGACUAGCAAGAAGCAUGAGGAACGAAAAAGAUAACAGAGGCAUCAUUGUCCGAGCUGAGCAUGAGCUUCAGGUGGUAAGUCCACAUCAGAGUCGAGAGGAAGAACGUGAAAUUGAAUACCGAGGGGGACGAGGUGGUGGAUUCAAUGGCAUAGAGGAAACUUUCUGUACUGCUAGGUUGAAGCACAACAUCAAUGACCAAGAACGUGCUGAUUUCUUUAAUCCACGUGCUGGACGCCUCACCACUGUCAACAGCCUCAAUCUCCCUAUCCUUCGAUCUGUCCAGCUUAGUGUUGAGAGAGGUGUACUCUACCCGAACGCUUUGAUGUCACCACACUGGAAUAUGAAUGCCCACAGCAUAAUCUACAUCACCAGGGGAAAUGGAAGGAUUCAGAUUGUUGGAGACAAUGGACAAACGAUAUUUGAUGGAGAAGUUCGCGAGGGUCAAGUAGUUACAGCACCACAAAGCUUUGCAGUAGUGAAGAAGGCAGGAAGCCAAGGGUUCGAGUGGGUAUCAUUUAAAACCAACGACAAUGCACAAGUUAGUCAAUUGGCUGGACGUGUCUCUACCAUCCGAGGUUUGCCAGUGGAAGUGGUAGCAAAUUCAUUCCAGAUCUCAAGGGAAGAUGCUAGGAGGCUUAAGAACAACAGGGAGGAAGUUAGCGUUUUCAGUCCUUCACAAUCUGGAAGGAGUGAUGAGAUUGCAUGA